AUGGGGGCUGUGGUGGGUCGCGCCAUAAGGAACUUGAACCUAGAGAGCAGCGCAGAACGGGAAAUCGGCAAGAUGAAGCCCUCUCCAGCUCCCACGCACCCUUCCACCCAGAUCCUCCUGCGAGAGAUCAGCCGGCAUCCAGAAUUUAAAGGAGAAAUUGCUAGAAAAGAUGACAAGCUGCUGUCAUUGUUAAAAGAUAUUUAUGUUGAAUCCAAAGAUCCUGUGCCUUCUGAGCAGGUAAAAGAUGCUGGAAGACAUCAAGAACCAAAGGAGUUCAGAUCGCAUAAAGGCCAUCGCUUUGAUAUGAUGAAUAUUAAAAACAUUCCUAAAGGCAACAUUUCCAUCUUAGAGGCAUUGACACUUCUCAAUAAUAAUAAACUUUAUCCUGAAACGUGGACUGCUGAGAAAAUAGCUCAAGAAUACCAUCUAGAACUAAAAGAUGUAAAUGCCCUACUCAAAUGUUUUGUUACUUUUGAUGUCAAAGUAUUCACUCCUGAAGACAAGAAAGCAAUACAAUCAAAAUGAAGAAAAUUACAAAAUUACUUUUCCCAAGUGUACUCCCCAUCCCCUUGUUCUGUUAGUUUCCUUAUUUUUAGCAUAUUAAAUUAUAUAAAUUGCCAAAUCUUUAAAGUUCCCCAAUGAGGGCACUCUAUUGAGCUCUGCUGACUUUUCAAUGU